AUGCUUUCUUCAGCAGCAUAUGCUGUUCUUUGGCCGCUAACGGUAAUUCGUAUCACUUUAGCAAUUGGCUUGAUGCGAAUAGCGUCUUCGAUCCCUAUCCUCAAAGAAAGAAUCAAAAGAUACAAUGAGAAGUUCCUUCUAGUGCCCUAUGAAGAUUUCUGGCAGUCGUGGUGCAGCUGGAAAAUGUUGCGCGGAGUUAUGCAGUUAACUCUUGGCGACCUAAACAAAACAGCGCGACUUGGUUCUCCAGCGCCAGACUGUGAGCUGGUUUCGACAGACCAAAAAGAGUGCAGAUUGCUAGAUCUAGCCAGAGGGGAACGUCCAUUGGUUCUUAACUUCGGCAGCUGCAGCUGACCUCCGUUCUUCAUCCGUCUCAAGAACGACUUCACCAAAGUCGUUCGGGAUUUUGCUGAUGUUGCGGACUUUAAGGUUAUUUACAUCAGCGAGGCACAUCCAAGUGACGGAUGGAAAUGGAAUGUAAGUUUUGGAUUUUGUUGUUGUUUUUGUUUUCGUUUUUAUGCUAUCUUUUGUUUUGUUUGUUUGUUUGUUUGUAUAAAUAUAUAUUUAAGCGAAUCUUGCAAUUCAUAUCUAGCGUUAUCGUUUGUUGUAUAUCAAAUUUAAUUAUUACGAAGCAUCAUUUGUUACUAAAUUGUGAAGACGUUUCCACGCUUGCAAUUGGAGGGAUGAAAUACAUCAUGCUUUUGUUUAUCACUUAAAGUAAAAGCUUGGCCGUCCCCCAUUAAGGACUGAGUAUCAACGGAACAUUUUCGUUUAUUAAAAACAAGCAACACAUUGAGAUUACCGUUUCUAAAGUUCGAUUGAAGCUUGCGUGAGGUCAGGUGGAAUUUGCUUUCCACUCUCUGCACUUUAAACAUAGCUGUGAGCGACUCUUAAAAACGCAAUGUUCUGAGGAAAAUGCGAUUUGACGUAACGAAAAACAGACUUCAGAAAGCAUAGCUAUUCAUGGGCGCAUGACGGCGGCAGAUCAUGUGCACCGGCAUUUCAAAAAAUUUGCGGUUUAUUGAAGAGGAGUUAUUUCACGAAAACGAUUAUUUGUAUUGGUGUGGAAUUUGAUAGCCUACAUGGCAAGUUUGCGCAAGGAUUUUUUCAUAAUUAGCUUUUUUAUAGCAGAACAUCAAAAUAAGCGCAUAAUGAGGUAGUUUAUAGCAAGUAUGAUUGAAACCUCAAACAUUUAUUUUUGGCGUCAGAACGGCUCCCCGCAAGCAAACAAGAUGCGAUUAAAGUGACGUAAUUCGCGAUAAAAGGAAAACAAUUGAAAGAGUUAAUUUAUUUUGCGUAAUUACUCUUGAGGAAGACGAGAGAAAAAGGGAGUCAAACGCAAACUAAUAUGCUUUAUAUCAAACUGUUUGCUAGUUUUCAAAAUGAAAUUUGAAUACUUUCUCUUUCCUGAUGAUAAAAGGAAGUAACACAAAAUUUUAUUGAUAAUGUAUUUAUACUUAUGUCGUUUGGGUUAUAGGGCCCAUAUGCCAUUCAGUUUUGGCUUCCCUUCUUCAACCGAACAAUAGUAGUUUAAAGUAUCUGUUAUGGAACUUGUUGGUCUUUUGAGUCUUCUUCACGACGCAACAAUCUAGGAUGCGUUAUUACGUGCGGAAAUGGUCAUACAAAACGAUUUCAAUGCGUGUAUUAAACGACUGAUACCUUUAUAAUCAGCAUCAUUCUCUAAACUAAUUGGUUCAACAGAACUGACCCGCGAAACCGGUGUCUGAUGUUCUUGUCUCUCCCUUGAAAUAUUGUGAGCUGAUCGAUUAGUGGAAAACUCCAGGACUGAUUAACCACGUGGUGCUGGUGGAAAUGUUUGAUAUGUGGGAUAUGAAUGAGUAUAAGGUUGUGAUUUUUUUUGAGUCAGAAGACGAGUUAGAUGAACUGAAACCUUAUGGAUCGUGGAUUUUAAGUUAUUUAAGUUCCGAGUUUUAGUAGACAAUGGUUUUAAGGGUAUUGUCUCUCUUGCGGUUCCUUUCAGUGAAAAUGAUGCCAUAACUCUUUCCCACAACAAUAGAGCAAUCGGUACCGGCAGAAACAAUUUUCCACUUCGAUCAUCGUUAACGACUUCCUUAGUUCUCGUUGGCCCCGAAGCUAUAUCACGCUUUACAUCUUGAAAUUUCAACCUAAUGCCCUAUUUACUUAGCAACGUUCCCUUAGGAAGUGCGUUUUUCCUUUCGCAGUUAACUCAUGAAGGGAAAACUUGGCAUCAGUGCUUGCUAAGAAAUGUAGACAAACCUGAGAGAAAUUUCUCAUUAACCCUCUACAAUUUCCUUCACAUUGCCCUCCCUCUUUUUGAAGAAACAAUUUUCAUCCUUGGCAAGUUUCCCUCGUGGAUACCAAGGGAAACGUGCCAAGUCAAAAAUACUAGUGUUAAUUCUUGGCUUUUUCAAGGUUCUUUUCGCGAUCUUCGUCUUCUGUAAUCCCUCAGGGUUUUGUUUUGGUCUAUUAUUAUCGCUGUUACCAUGACAUUUGAGCAGACGCAUAAUAGCGCAGGGCAAAGUCUGCCUCUAAAAACUAGAUUCCAAAAAUUUCUUGUUAUCUAAGAUAACUUUCAACAGGUGUUUCAGUAUCACAGAAUGUCUCAGUUUGUCUGACUGAAGAUUUAUUUAUCGAACUUUUGAUCUUUGGAAAUAGGGAUUUUUGUUAAGAAACUUACGAAAAACACUUCAUCGUCGAAAACAAAGCCUUUAAAAAUAGGAAGAGCAUACAGAACUGUUAGUUUUAUUGUAGUUUUGUUAGUAAUUGUUCGUUAAACAUUGGUCUGCAAUUUAAACAUAUGCGAGAAAAACAAACAAAUUCCAUGUACAGUAAUAGUUAUGUGGAAGUACGAAAAUGAACUGACUUUAAAAAUUCACUCAAAACAAUAAAGGUCUAAACCCAAGUUUUCUAGCAUCUUGCUCAAAUUGCUUUGCGAUAAGCAAAAUUCGGGGUCUCAAGCAGUUACACAAAUAUUUAAGCUUUUACUGAGUGAUUUGAUCAUGAUAUGUUCAGAAUCAAGAAGUUGAUGAUCUUUCUAUCAAUAAGACUUAGUAAGAUGUUGACAUUGAAUCAAUGAAGAUAUCACAUUGGUGAUUUAGAACGAACAGUCAAACAGAACGUUUGUUCUCGAGUGCUUUUACUUACGGGCCAAAAAAAACUCUGAUCAAAUUUCACCAACACCUUCUUAAACGAAUAUCACUAAUCGCAUUUUUAAAAUGCAAGGGGUGGCAGAAUCGUGUCUGGUUUACCCACAUAAACCACAUCAUGAUUUAUUUCAAUCCUCACAUUUGUCUUUGCCAAAAUUUACCGCCAAAUUACCGACUGUAAGCCACAGUGCAUUUUGCCGCCUCAGACUGUAAUUUUUUGUGGUUCUCUAUCGUUAUCAAACAGUAUAAAGACCUCCUCAGAACAGCAAACAGCAACAAAAAAGUUUAAAAGAGUGCUACCCCUCCGUCAGGAUGUCUAUAACCUUUUAUUUUUGGUGAUGUUUGCUUCAAUUUAGCUGCGAUUCUUAAAUUAUGGAAUCGUUAUUUAGUUGCAUGACGGCUUCAAGCGAAAAAAAAGCAAACUGCCCGAAGCUAUGGGAACAUGCGAUUUGCCAAGUCACGAUUGAUUUGACUUUUUCACCUGAUUGGUUGAGAGGAACGCACGAUUUUUUUUAAGCCCAUCACUGGGCGCGUUGAAGCAAACCAGAGCGAUCCCGUAUUAAUUCUUUCAUUGUUCACACAAAGCUUUCUGUUUGUAAAAGUUUUAGUUUGUUUUAAAAUACACUUUUUUGCAUCUUUAGAACAAUGUUGAAAUUGCUCAGCAUAAAUGCUUGAAAGAUCGAUUUGCUGCUGCAGAAAUCUUAAAGUCCAGCGGUUGUCCUGCCCCUGUUAUAGUGGACACCAUGAAGAAUGAAGCUUCCAUGGCGUAUGGCGCGUGGCCCGAGAGACUGUUUAUUAUACAACAAGGCAAAAUAGUUUACGAAGGGGGCACGGGUCCGUACAAUUACGACUUGACGGAGGUGCAACGCUGGCUGGAGGAGUACAAAGCUGAAAUAAUAUAG